AUGUCGGGCGAGGAUGCAAAUCCUCUCAAUCGGCGAUUGCCAGCAGAGGUGGUUACCCGUCAAAAGCGGGAAGUGAAAAAAAUAGUAGAGAACAAUGAUGAGGUCCAGGUGGAUCUGAAGACAGCUCUAUCCUUGAAGCCAGAGGCUCGUGUCAAAUGGCUGUCCAAGGCACUUAGAAUGGUCGAGGACAAACGUGCCAGUUCCACUGAGCUCUACGACAUAGUCUCGAAUCGUAAGUUCUGUGCGACGAUGCACACCAGAAACAGCCAGAGGCUACGAGGACUCAUCCUCGACAACCUAUCAAUUUUCUCCGAAAAGCAGCGGCGCUUUCUCCGGUCUGAUGAGUGGGCUCCCAACAAACUUUUCGAAGAAGAGGACAUCAAAGAAGCCGAGGAGGAGGAUAGAAAGCUGAGUCCUUCCGUAAAGCGGGAUGGCAGGCCUGAGAGGCUCACAGAAAGAGCUGUCGAAAAGGUCGACGGAAGGAGAGAAGGCAGAGCUGCUGAGGGCCAAACAGAUGGCAAGGCCGAGAUGAAACGGAAGGUCGAUGCCAAUACGAAGCGGAGUGAAGAUAAGUCUGGCGAUGCGGAGAAGGAUGCGGGAGGCGGUUGGACCUUCACCAUCAGAGAACGGCCGAUGCCAGAUCCUUUGACAAGUGGAAAGAAAAGAAGGAAGGGUGCGGAAGACUCCGAGGCACGCUUUGAGGCAAUGGCUGAAAAGAACGAGGCCAGCCUGAAAAAGCAGGAAGAAGACGUUGAUAGUUCCCUUGCACUGCUGGAGCGCCUUCAGCAAACCCACACUCCUCAAGAGAAAGAGAGGUCAAAGCGAGUACGUUCGCCGAAGAAGCGAGACCAGCGACAUCGGCAUCUAAGCCGAUCAAAGUCCAUUUCAGCUGCUUCAGUGACCUCGAGCGACGACCGUGGCAAACGGAGCCGUGGCAAAAAAAGGAAGGGGCGCAGCCGUAGCCGUGAAAGGGCCGGCGGUGGCGGUGUCAGCUUUGAGGAGGCAUUGAGGCGAAGAAUGCAGCAGAGAGACUCCGAGAUGGAAACCUCCAGGAUGCCGGUGGUCGAUCCGGGCCAUGCCAAAAAAAACUGGAGAUAG